AUGUGUGACAGGACGGAUUUAGUCUACGAUAUGUCAUCAGCGGGAAAGACUUGGGAGACAUAUGCAACAGCCAAACAAUCUCUUCUAACUGGCAAGACAUGCAUCAGUCGCCGAGAUUACGAGCGCGCUUUUAAAAACUUCCUUCUGACUCUCGAACUUGCUCCUUCUGUUCGGAAUGAACUGAGGGAAGACUUUAUAUUAGCUUCCCGAGAAUGGAGCGAGGAACUUUUGAAUGCAGGUCGCCUACAGGAGCUGUUUUCUUGCUAUGCACAAGCCUGUCAACUUUUUCCAGAUUGCGAAGAAAUCCUCAACAACAUAGGAGCACAGUUAUUUAGACUGGGUUACAUUGAGGAGGCUGAGUACAUCAGAAAAGCUUUGAAAGUGAAUCCAAGAUGCGUAGUGGCUAGAGAAAAUUUUGAAAAUGUCUGCGGUCACCUGGUGGAGAGGUGGCACUUUCGCAUGCUUAAUGAUGUGCGGAGAAACACAGCAUAUCGGGCAGCCUUAGAGCGGGGCAUAAAGAGUGGUGGGGCCUGUGUCCUGGAUAUCGGAGCUGGGACUGGACUGCUAAGUAUGAUGGCAGUGACAGCUGGUGCAGAGGCCGUUUAUGCAUGUGAGAGGUCACGGACGAUGUGUGAUGUAGCCUCGGAGGUGCUGUCUGUCAAUAAGAUGUCAGAUAAGAUCAUCCUCGUUCCGAAAUCCUCUACAGAUAUCAUCAUUCCUCAGGAUAUUCCACAAAGGGUAUCUCUCAUUGUGACAGAAACAUUUGACGCUGGUUUGUUUGGAGAGCAGGUGUUGUCUACAUUACAACAUGCCUGGAAACACCUGUUGAUUAAAGCACAGGACACAGCUAAGUGUGGACCCAGAGUGAUUCCAUCAGCAGCUCAGGUGUACAUCUGUGCCAUUCAGUGUGAGGCAGUCAGGGAGCAAAACAGAUCUACAUUUCUUGGUGUUGAGGGCGUGGACUUCAGCUGCGUUGAGAUACUGUGUGAAACGGGGACUGUCGAAAAUGAACCAUACACCACAGAAGAGCUCGCUUCUAUUCGGGAAGGCUAUACUCAACUGUCAUACGUCACCCCACUACUUCAUGUUGAUUUCUCUAACCCUAAGAGAAUUGCUGAACUCCUGACUGGUGUCCAGGACAUCGUCUUUUGUUCAAUCAAACGAACUGGGAAGCUAGAUGCAUUGGCUGUAUGGUUUGACCUUCAUCUUGACGAUACCAUCACCAUUUCUACUUCUCCUGAAGAUGAAAACUGCUGGCACCAAGCCAUAUUCCCUGUCUUCUCCCAUCAUCUGAAUGAGGAUAGCAGCCAGGAUGUGGAGGUGAAAGCAGGAGAUAUUUUGAGGUUAGAGUUUGUCUGCAGAGAUGAUAAGUUGACAGUCCAGUGUGUUGGGGUGGACAGAACAGGGGUGGCCAGAGCAGCAGAGGACAGAACAGUGACAGUGUCUGGAACACCUCAGGAAUGUGACACAGGAGAACCUUUGUUUGUAAAUGUAGGACCUCAUCAAGAUCUGUUACACAGUUCCGAGAAAUUCCAAUCUCUGAAACUGUCACUGAAAACGUCUGAUACCGAACACUGUUCACAAACCUGUUGUUCACAUGAACAAUGUUCUUGGGGACAUUAUUCAGUAAAGCAGGAUUCGUUGGUGAAAAAGUGUUUAGAACAGCAGUGUACAGUGAAGAUUUGUUCAAAAAAACAAUGUGUUCAUAAGGGAUGUUCUCAUGUUGGUGAACAGUGUUCUGACUUGAAGCAGUGUGAGCAUCACGCAUCAGAAGAGUAUCCAGCGGAGCGCUUUUCACAAGAAUGUUCAUCAACUGAACAGUUACCAAAAGACGGUCGGUCACAGAGGAAAUGUUCCAGUGAGCAUUGUCUAUUAAGAGACCAGUUUUCUUCGAAGCCUUUUUCACGCAAUACAGACAAAGUUCGGCAUACUUGUCUGUCCACAACAUCUGACCACAACUCCUCAAUCAUUCUUCAGCUUCUGCCAUCUUCAAGUUUACAAAAGGUUACAGGAGCACAUGCAAAAAACAGAAAGUCAAGGUUUUCACUUCCAAGAAGUAAAAUAGGGGCACUAAAUGAUGAAGUGCUAAACAAGGCAAUUUGUCAGGCAUUACGAAAUACACAUACAAAGUUGAGGCCAAAAACUCCUGGUUCCUUAACCCUUCUGGAAUACUCACAUGGGUUAUCCCCCUUUGGUCUUUACGGCCUGAAGUCUGGAUUUGACAGGUUGGUGGCAGUAUUGUCUUCAGCCAGCAGGGUAGAGGAAGAAAGUUGUCCUGACAGAGCCAUUCUCUCUGAGUUAAUGGCACAAAAUAGCAUAGAGGAAGAAAAAGUUGUCAUCUUGGAAUCUGUAGUGAAUGAACUGGUAGAGGAGCAGAAAGCUGAUUGCUUAUUGGUUGACUUGGUCGAACCUUGUGGCGUCUUUCAUCAACAGGUCUUGGAAAACCUGGCGUUAAUGAGAGUUACUUGCCUUGGGCCAAAUGGGAUCAUUUUGCCAUCAGGUGUCACUGUCUAUGGAAUGUUAAUUGAGUCUACAGCACUGCAAAAAGCCAGUGAGGUUGUAGGAGACAGCUGGACUCUUGGUUAUCAGAUAGCGAACACCAUGAAUGAGUUUCAGAUGUCAACACACAUAGAUAUAGACCUGUCAACACUUCCACACAAACGCCUCUCUGAUCCACUUAAACUGCUGGAUUUACAGUUCAAUCAACCUGCAAGUUUUCACGGGGAUUUGUCCUCUCUGAGUAAACCAGAUGAUGUACCUGCACUUCUUGAGGUGAGGAGAGAAGUUCAGAUUUCCGUGACCCACCCAGGCUCACUGACUGCUGUCGUCUUCUGGUAUGACCUUCACCUCUGGGACUCCCUUCAUGUGAAUACCAAUGAUUCUGGUUGUCGUUGGAAGCAAGCAGCCAUCAUGAUGGAGGACCAUGUGACCCUAGUGACCAAUCAGGUCCUUACAUUAUUUGUCACUUUGAAAAAUAGUUGUAUUCGCAUGUCAACUUCACCUUCCUCUUAUUAAAUACCUCAUGACAAAGAUGAUGUAGUAUAGCAAUAAUUGUUGUGAAAUAAGGUUUAGAUUUGG